AUGAUUACUCGCAGCAAGAAGGAGGGCGGGACGCCUCUCCUUCAGCCCACGAAUCAAACGGAAACGCUUAGGUCCCCUUCCAAAAGAACCCUCACAUCCCUUCCAGAAGAGCUACUCGUGCUCAUCUCCCUCCUCGUCGAUAAGCGUACCGCUCUCUCCCUCGCCAGAGUCGCUCCCUCCCUUACAUUCCCCGCUCGGACCCGCUUACGGACGGACGUCGAUCUCUCGAUCAGUCCGCACAUCGGGGAGACACCCCUGCCCUAUCAUGAGGACGAUCCCCCAGAUUUGUGGCUGCACCAUCUCGCUCUGGAUCGCAAUUAUCUGCAUCAUCGGGAACACGCUAUCGCCUCUGACCGAACUCAUCAAGCAGGGCUGCGGAAGAAGGUAGAUGUGGUCUGCGGGCGCGCGACGGCGGAAGGAGGGCGAUGGGAGCUGGUACGCCGUCUCAAGCUGGGGCCCAGACCCAAGGUGGCUCAAGGGGAGCUCGGAAUCCUUCAAAAGGUCGCGCCUCGGCUUCGCUCGCUCGUCUUCGUCCAGGCGCCGGUAGUCGAUCAGAUCCUGGAAUACCAGCUGCUGAGCGCGCACCUCUCCCUCCCUAUGCUCACUCACGUCUACCUCGGUCCCGGCUCCAUCCAGUAUGCGGAAAUCCUCUACACCCUCUCUGGUUCAUCCCCUAAUCUUCCGUCGCUCGACGCUCACCUCGACACCAAUGUGCUCGUCCCCACUUCGGAUCAGCCUGCCUUCCCGGACAUGGCGCGGGACAGUAAUCUACGGACGGUGCGAUUGCAUCUCGACCGGCGAUGCUACAAGAUGAUCGGAGGAACCAGUGGAGAACGGAGGUACACGUCGCAGGGAUACAGGAAUGCCGGGGAUCAAUGGGUCAUGGAGGAUGCAGCCGAUCACCCGGCGCUGGUUCUCCUUCGGCGCUGUUCGCGGCUCGAGCGGCUCGCGGUCCCAUACGAACACAAACCAACCGGCGGAUGGUCUCCCGGUGGCUAUCUUGACGCUCUCUUCUCGCCUGCCUGGGCACUCCCCAAACUUCGUGAAUUACGAUGGGAUGUUGGCCGUCACUAUGGCCGCUCGCAGCAAAGAGUGCCAGUCAGCCUCUCCGGGACUGCUGGUUUCCCUGAGCUUGAGCAGCUUAUCUAUGAUGAUUUCAAUUGGGCCGAGAUUCGCGAAAUUCCUCCGUGCCCGAAGCUGCAGGUCCUUGCACUCAACCGCUUUGAGUGGGCACCUUAUCGCAAGCGCACUCACUUCUUGUACUUCAAGGAGGAUGUCACGGACCAGGCCGGUUCCGUCACCGGAUGGGCCGAUAUAUACACGGAAGAGAUGCCUCCCCUUUUCGCCCACGGACUACGAGGCUGCCCUGCUCUCCAUACCAUCCGAUCACGCCAUAUACUGACGGAGGAUGCAAAUGCGGACCUUUUCGCCUCUGUCGAUGCUCCUGAGCCACACGACAAUCGCACAGUCGGCGUCAUACGCUCCCUGCGGAACGGCGAGAAGGAAGUACUUCACGCUCGACUUUAUCUCGCCGACGGCCGCAUCGACUCGGCAGAUUGGCGGGACUAUGAGAGUGAGGCCGUUUGGGUUGAUCAUGCCGGUGCGGUGGACUGGCGUUAUGUCGAGCUGGAGCAGCCGGAGUGGCAGCACUUCUCCGAGUACGAUGGCGAAACUGUACCUCUCGAGAUCAUCGAAGAAAUGUUGGCGGCCGAAGGUCUAGGCCUGGCGGACUGGACGGGAAGAGGGCUGGAAGUAGGAGAUCGCGCAUGGGAGUUGUUGACGGACUGGAUGGCGGAUGAUAGGGAGGAGGCCGAGCAUCGGGAGAAUAGCGAGGAUAGCGAGGGAAGCCCGUCUGGGGAGGAAGCAGAGGGUAGCGAGGAGAGCGAGGGCGGCGAGGACAGCACGGGCUACGGGGACGGUGGUGAUAGCGGAAACAGUGAAGGCGUGGAGGACGAGAUCUGA